AUGAACGAUCAUCUUAAAAGUCGCAUCACGCCCGCUCCGUCCCUCGAAGGUCCCGCCUGGUUCCAGCAGUUUAUCAACGCGCAGCUUCACGAUCUCCUCGACCGGUGCGCCAGCGCCUACGCAGAUGACGUCCUGAUCUACUCGGAUAAAGAAGAAGACCACUGGAAAGACUGUCAAGAAGUGAUCUGGCGACUCCAUCAGGCCAACCUCCAGGGAGACAUCAAGAAGUCUAGAUUUAACGUGACCAAGGUUGACUACCUCGGCGUUCUGCUUGAAGCCGGUGUGGGCCUUAGUGUCGACCCUCGGAAAGUUCGAUCGAUACAAGACUGGAAGUUUGAAGACCUCCGAGACCGCACCGCGAUCCGAUCAUUCGUUGGCCUAUGCAACUUCAUCCGUGUUUUCUGCUACCACGCCUCCGGAGUGGCAGAACCCUUGAACCGGUUGCUUAAGAAGGAUGUUGCCUUUGUGAUGGGCCCGGAGCAACGCGAAGCAUUUGAUCAACUCAAGCGCCUGGCUAUCGAAGCCCCGGUCCUCGCCUUCUUUAGACCAGAACUGCCGACCCGACUGGAGACCGAUGCCUCCCGGAAUGCCACAGCUGGUGUUCUAUGGCAGGAACAGCCUGAUCAGACCUGGAAGCCCGUUGGAUUCUUCUCUAAGACCAUGACCCCGGCCGAGCGAGCCUACCCAAUCCAAGAUCGAGCUCCUCGCCGUCGUACAGAGUCUAGAGCACUUCUACCCAGAGCUCUUAGGCCAGAAGUUCGAUGUGAUCACCGAUCACGAAGCCUUAGUCCAUUUCUCUACGAAGCGCCUGCUCUCGGUACGACAGAUCAGAUGGUCCGACUUUCUCGCCCAGUUCGACAUCCGUUUCUCUACCGCCCCGGUCGACUGAACGUAGUCGCCGAUGCCCUCUCCAGGAAGACAGCGGAGCUCCCUACCGUAAAGGCCCGGGAAGCCGAGGAACGCACGGUGACCCUGAUCCUCCGGAAAGGCUAG